ACCGUCGGUGCCAGAAACUGUGUUAUCCGAGUUGUGGGCUUUACGUAGGUCGGACGGAGAAGCGAAUCGCAACUUAAUUCUAAAACUAAAAAGGUUAUAAUGUGGCGUAUGGAUUGGAAAGGGUUCGGACCAAUUAAUUAUUUUUCUAUCAUUAUAAGUAACUAACAGGGGUGAUGAUCCAAUUAUGGGUGCUUCUACUAUACUAUUAGCAGCCGUGCUGGGUACCGUUACAGCCGCUGUAUCAGUGGUUGUUACGUUAGGAUUUUGUUUUUUGUAUUGGAAACGACGAAAAUUGAACAAAUUUCCAGAUUCGGAGGAACAACAGCCUCUACAAUUGCUCCAACAGACUCCUGUCAGCGAAUGUGUAGGACAAGCCACUGCAGUAACGCCUACAUCCUUGAAUAACGUCGAAGUACACAACGGAAACAAAGAAGAAGAUGUUGGACCAAUUGCUUUCUUACAAGCUCUUUUACCAAGCCUCGAAGAAACCUUUGGUAAUUCUUCAGGAGAGAGUGCCGGCCAGAUACAUUUUACUUUAGAAUAUAAUUUUUCCGAUUCGAAUCUUAUAAUAAAGGUUCUGCAUGCUAAUGGCUUACCAGCUAAAGACUUAUCAGGAACGAGUGAUCCUUAUGUUCGAGUGUGUUUACUCCCAGAUAAGAAGAAUAAACUGGAGACAAAAGUAAAACACAAAACAUUAAACCCUCGCUGGAACGAAACCUUUCAUUUUGAAGUACACAACGGAAACAAAGAAGAAGAUGUUGGACCAAUUGCUUUCUUACAAGCUCUUUUACCAAGCCUCGAAGAAACCUUUGGUAAUUCUUCAGGAGAGAGUGCCGGCCAGAUACAUUUUACUUUAGAAUAUAAUUUUUCCGAUUCGAAUCUUAUAAUAAAGGUUCUGCAUGCUAAUGGCUUACCAGCUAAAGACUUAUCAGGAACGAGUGAUCCUUAUGUUCGAGUGUGUUUACUCCCAGAUAAGAAGAAUAAACUGGAGACAAAAGUAAAACACAAAACAUUAAACCCUCGCUGGAACGAAACCUUUCAUUUUGAAGGUUAUCCGCUACACAAACUACAGAAGUCCAUCCUACACUUUCACAUUUUGGACUACGACCGCUUCACUCGAGAUGACUCAAUUGGAGAAGUAUAUUUUCCCUUGCACCAAGUGGAUUUUACUCAAAAGCCUAGCUUUUCCCUCAAUAUCCAACCGAGCGAAAAAGUUAAAUUGGGAGAAUUGCUUGUUUCGCUCUCUUACACGCCUAGAACCAGUGAACUAACAGUUUGCAUCAUAGAAGCACGAAACCUCAAAAUCAAAGAUAUUACCGGAUCCUCAGAUCCUUACGUCAAGAUAUGGUUACACAGAGGCGAUAAACGGUUAGAGAAGAAAAAGACUGUAAUCAUGAAACGAUCUUUAAAUCCAGUAUUCAACGAAACGUUUCAAUUUUCUGUACCCUGGGAGCAUAUACGAGAAACCUCAUUGGUUAUAACGGUUAUGGAUUACGAUUCGAUUGGCAGAAACGAACCAAUAGGAUGCUUGGUUUUAUCAUCGCGUAGCGGCAUAAACGAGACAAAACAUUGGAACGAAAUGCUGAGCAGUCCCAGAACAUUCACUAGAAGAUGGCAUAAAUUAAAACCUGUCUAA